UUCCUCUACCGUUUUUGUCCCUGCUCUUGGCCCCCACAGCGCCCCGUCGCCCCUCGGCGAGCGGCCAGCGGGGACCGGCGGACAACGUGGACGGGGAGGAUUUCGUGGCCUCGCUGGCGCCCCUGAUACCCGAGGAGUUCCGGUACAACAUGGUGUUCCUGGACGCAUGCAUAGCUGGUGGCCUCGAGGACGUGCUGCAGGACCCCCAGGGCCGCUUCCUCAAGAAUCUCAAGCAGCUGUUGGCGCCCAGGGCGACCGUAGGCCUCAACGUGGAGGUCAACCCCUCGGAGUACGGGAACCGGGGCGAGCCCCCCAGGAUCGCCGCCAUGGUCCAGAACAUGGUGAACGUGUGCUUGCUGGGAGGGGGUGACGUCUUCACCGUACGGCCGACCGAGGCGGAUACCUACAAGAACAGGAUCUACUGCUUCCUGAUCGAGGGGCGUCCGCAGUACCUCCGAGGCGGGCCGAGCAUCGAGUGGGCCAUGUGGCAGAGCGCGCAGAAGAUCCAGACGGACUUUCCCGCGGACAAGUUGGGAAAGAGGUUCCGCUGGAGCAUGGAGAGCGAGGUCACGUCCUGCUACCAGGACUGGCCGCCCCAGAAGGACGGGACCAUCGACCAGCCAUGGGUCCUCUGGACGUUUGCCGCUCCGUUCGUCGGCAUUGCGGCGUACUACCUGACCGGGGGCGCCUGAGCUGCCCGCCUGGGGCGACCAGGGCGGAGCGGCGCUGCCUGUGAGCGGCAUGGCCGAGUGGGCGGGCCUGCGCGCGGGUCGGCCCCCGCCCAGCUCGCUGCGCAAAGCUUCGGCCACGCGCACAAGGGGGCCA